UCACUUCCGCCAAUCCCUGUAGCCAGUACCGCGCGCCCCAUGGGUGUCGUCCGGUCGCGCGCGAGUCCCUCCGCGGCAGUCGCCAAGCACCUCGCCGCCGCUGUCGCGCGCCUCCUCUUGCUCGCCGCGCUCUGCGCUGCGUCAGCCGCUCUGCUCGCCCUUGUCUCGUGGAUCCACCCCCACUCGUCGCAUGGCGGUGCUGCUGACAGCCAUGCAUCUCGGGGGGUGGAGCGCACAGAAUCGAGGAAAAGGGACGAGGCGAUGAGGGCAGUGUGGGAGAUGGCAGGGGCGGACAGACACCGGGCGGGGCAACUCAGACUCGGACUGGUGGUCCCACAGGUGGUCAGCUGGGAGCCGCGGAUCACGCUGCUCAAAUCCUUCCUCAGCCUAGAGGAGUGCGAGGCGCUCAAGGCCAUUGGCAGGAAGGCCCUCGAGUCCUCCACGGUCGUCGACUCCUCCUCCGGCAAGAGCUACCGCAGUGAGGUGCGCACGAGCAGCGGCAUGUUCCUCUCGCACUCCGACUCCGCACGCCCACUUGUCAAGACCAUUGAGGAGCGCAUUGCAGCGUUCUCCAACGUGCCCCCCCAAAACGGCGAGCUCAUCCAAAUACUCAAGUACAAGCAUGGCCAACACUACCUGCCCCACCCCGACUACUUCUCAGACCAGGUGAACGUGCGGCGGGGCGGACAGCGCGUAGCCACCAUGCUCAUGUACAUCGAGGCACCAGAGGAGGGCGGCGAAACCAUCUUCCCCAACGUGGGCGGCAGCAGCAAGUGUGAGUGCGGGGGCGAGCUGAAGGAGGGCAUCUGCGUGCACCCAGUCAAAGGGGACGCCGUGCUCUUCUGGAGUACGGACUUGGAGGGCGUGGUGGACCCCAAGAGUCUGCACGGCAGCUGCGACGUGCUCAAGGGGGAGAAGUGGUCCGCCACCAAGUGGAUGCGCCAACAUGAGUUCCACUGACUGCCACUCACUCGUUUUUUUACGGUUACCACAUUACAAAGGGCGUAUGCCUACGACAUAGUGUUCAGUACCAGAACCCCAAAACGAGUCUAAAGAUUGUACUCUGUUGGAAAUGAUAAAAGUGUUGUGAUAAAAUCGUACUUCUGUAACAGGCCCCUAGAUUGCAGGAAAAUUUUCCUGAUUCAGGAAAAAAACAGAGUUGUUGCUGGUACCAGUCCUGAUUGUC